UGUUUCUUUUCCCCUCAUUUAUCCCUAAUAACUAAUGGAGUGAACGCGCAGCAGUUUCUCAGGGAGCGGGAACACAAAACCCGGAGUGGAUCCACAGCGGAGUGAACACAGAACGCUUCGAGCGGAGAGAGGAACGUGCUUUCGCUCCACUCCAGGCUUUGAUCACACCCUCCUCAGCAGGCUGAAUACACCUCAUCUUUCCCUAAUUUAAGACCUAUUCAAACUAAAAUUAAGAAAUUUAUUACACUAUUUGAGAAAUGUAAGCCUAUUUACGGCCUUAAAAUGAUGAAAAGUGCAUUUAAGACAUUAAAGACAGGCGGGAACCCUGCAAAUGACGGAAAUCCGUCGUAGACUCGCUGCCAUUAACAGAAAUGCGUCGUAGCGACGGAGAACUUUAAUCCCUUAUUAAAGAGUGAAGCAUGUGAUGGUGACGGAGCAGUAUGGAGUGCUCGUGGAAGACUCUACUGCUGCUCGUGUGCACGUCUUUGGGGGUGCAGUACACUGCCAUCCGCUCCCUCCAUGACUCCUUCAGUGGCCCAUGCCAAGACUCCGCCCACUGCCAAGGACGCCAGGGUAAAGAGCAGAGAUGGAAAUCUCUCUGCGAUGACAGCCGCGUCCCUGAUGAGACUAGUGCUGCCGCCGCUCGAAAGCACAUCCUUCUGUUUGCGCAAACCCGCAGUGGCUCCUCAUUUACCGGACAACUUUUCAAUCAACAUCCUGGCAUAUUUUAUGUUUUUGAGCCCCUUUUCCAUGUGCAACAGGCCUUCACCAAUUCUAGUAGCCGUCUGCAAAGGGCUUUGGAUGGCAGAGCUCUUCUGGGAGCCUACCGAGACCUCCUACUCAAUCUCUACAACUGUGACUUCAGCUUCCUGGAGAGCUACAUUCGCCCCGAACCACAGGAUCACAUGACCGGGGCCUUUUUCCGUCGCAGCUCCAGUCACGCUCUGUGCACGCCGCCUGUCUGCCAGGAGGGGGGCGAGGAUAUUCUAACAGGCCAACCGGAUGAAGUCUGGUGCCCAAAAAAGUGCCAGGCCUUGAACCUCACACUAGCCUCUCAGGCUUGCCAAGCACGAACCCACGUGGCCAUAAAAACAGUGCGUAUCCCAGAGAUAGGCGACCUACGUACGCUUUCAGAAGACCCCCGUUUAGAUUUGCGAAUCAUCCAUUUGGUGAGAGACCCCCGAGCCAUUCUCGCCUCCCGCAUGACUGCUUUUGCCGGUAAAUUCAGGGCCUGGAAGAUCUGGAACGCCACCGGCCGUCAACCACGGUACGUGGACCUGACGCAGAUAACGAGAACCUGCAGAGAUAUCGAGUAUUCUGUGGAGACCAGCCUGCAGAAACCUACAUGGCUGAGGGGUAGGUAUCUGCUGGUGCGUUAUGAAGACUUGGCCUUGAAUCCUGAGGAAAAGGCCAAGGAGAUAUACAGAUUUCUUGGGCUGGACCUGCAUCAAAGAGUCCUCACAUGGAUUGCUCAUAACACCAUUGGCACUGUCCCAUCUUCUUCAGAGUGGAACUAUAAGUACUCCACUACAAGAGACUCGAAAGCCACAGCUCAGAGCUGGAGAGUACAUCUGAACUUUGACAUUGUUAAGACAGUUCAAUCUCUUUGUAACAGAACUCUUUCUCUACUAGGCUAUAAGCUUGUUCAGUCUGUAGAUGAACUGAGGAAUAUAACAAAAAGUUUGAUGGAGCCCAGGACGUAGUAAAGGUCAUUUUUAAGUGAACUACUCAUUCAUUUUGAAACACACUUUUAUCCAAAGUGACUUAUAUUGCAUUCAGUGUAUACACUGAUUCAAACAGGACUCGUAGGUCCCAACAAAUUAUAUUUGGUUACGUAAUAUUGUGUUGAUUACUUUUCAUAUUUUUCAGUUUGUUUUGUCAACUUGCAUAGAAAUUGUCAAUGCCAUGUACUGUAAAUGCAACAUUAUAGAUCCUACUUUGGUGAAAGCCUAGCUCAUUAAUAAUAAUUAGGUCAUGAUUAUGAUGCUUGGUACCUUUCCUUAAAGGAAUAGUUUAUCCAAAAAUGAAAAUUUUGUAAUCAUUCACUUACUGUAUGAUUAUCUUUCCUCUAUCUCAGUGAUUUUUGACCAUACAAUUGAAGCCAAAGGAAACCAAAAUGUUUUGGUUACCAACAUUAUUAAAAAUAGACUCUUUUGUGUUCUGCAGAGGAAGGAAAGUCUGGUUUGGAACAACACAUUGGUGAAAAAAUCAUGAUAGAAUUUUAAUUUUUGGAUGAACUAUCCCUUUAACCAUGUAAAGUUCUUAAUAUUCAUGAACCAGGCCUUUAGAAUAGCAUGAUGCUAAAUAAGCACCCAUGCCCACCCUUUUCAGCCUGUAAAUGUGCAUUAAUGUGACCAAAGAACCAUCAACAAAAAGCACAGCAGACUUGCCAGUGACAAACAUGCCAAAGCUGGUCAAACGAUCAAAUAAAUAGCAUGUAUCAUCUGGGCGAGCCCUUAAAUGGCCUUAACUAUGAAUGUUGAUCAGCGGAUAUUGUCCUUACAACCCCAUAAACAGUCAAACAGAGAUCUAAAAUGACUGAAAUGUCAUUCACCGCUAUUGAAAUCCCCACUUCCAUGUUCUUGUUAAAAGCAAAGUCCCUGAUGAAAUCAAGUCGGCACAGAAGGUCGUGUUCAGUUUAAAUCACUGGCAGACAGUUCGUGUUUCCAUCCACUGAAGUCCUCUAAUUUUUUUUUUUUUUAACUUCAAAAAUUAUCUCCCUCUGAUGGCUUUGUGAGUCAGUCAGUGAUUAUUUCUAAGUGCAGUGUCAACAUUGGGAAAAGCACUUUGGAGCUAUGCAGCCACUUUGCAAUUUGUGGAUAACAGAUAUGAAACUAUACAAAUCAAAAUCCUCAUUUAAUUAAUAUGCUAUCUCUUGUUCACAGAGCCCCCUUGAGGUUGAGCCUUUGGCUGCAGCCCAUGUGAUCCCUUGGGUUAAUGUGGCCCUGCUAAUUACUGUUUUAGUUCAUAUCAUGGAUUAAAUUACUAAACCCAUGAACACAUCACAUUUUGGAAGUCUGAGCUCAAAUAUCUGCCAAUAUGUCAUGAAAAUGUAAUUUCAUUGCGUACAUAUGUUGCAUAGAAAUGCAGAGAUUAUGAGGUUUGGGAAUAUUAAAUUGUGCAAGUGUUUAGCCUUAAAAUAAUCUUGGAUUUCAGGAUGUCUUUGUAAAUUUGUGUUGUUGUUCAUGCCAUUCUGCUAGUUCCUUUAAUCAAUUUAUUAUUUCUAUGUGACACAUUCCAACACUUUUACAUAUUGGAAAUACGCUGUGUAAACAACAGUUCCUCAUCUCAGGUAUAUGAUGAUUAAAUGCAAAUCUUCAGCCACACUGCCAAUUAAUAAAUAUGCAGAGAAAAG